AUGGAGGAACUUACGGCGUUCGUCUCGAAGUCUUUUGACCAGAAAGUGAAGGAGAAGAAGGAGGCUAUCACGUACCGGGAGGUGCUGGAGAGCGGGCCGCUGCGCGGGGCCAAGGAGCCGAGCGGCUGCUCGGAGCCGGGCCGCGACGACCGCAGCAGCCCGGCAGUCCGGGCGGCCGGCGGAGGCGGCGGCGGCGGCGGCGGCGGAGGAGGAGGCGGAGGCGGAGGAGGUGGAGGCGGAGGAGGAGCAGGCGGAGGAGCUGGAGGAGGAGGGCGCUCUCCCGUCCGGGAGCUGGACAUGGGCGCCGCCGAGAGAAGCAGGGAGCCGGGCAGCCCGCGGCUCACCGAGGUGUCCCCAGAGCUGAAGGAUCGCAAGGAGGAUGCGAAAGGGAUGGAGGACGAAGGCCAGACCAAAAUCAAGCAGAGGCGAAGUCGGACCAAUUUCACCCUGGAACAACUCAACGAGCUGGAGAGGCUUUUCGAUGAGACUCACUACCCGGACGCCUUCAUGCGUGAAGAACUGAGCCAACGGCUGGGGCUGUCCGAGGCCCGAGUGCAGGUUUGGUUUCAAAAUCGAAGAGCUAAAUGUAGAAAGCAAGAAAAUCAACUUCAUAAAGGCGUCCUCAUAGGGGCUGCCAGCCAAUUUGAAGCUUGUAGAGUAGCACCCUACGUCAAUGUAGGUGCUUUAAGGAUGCCAUUUCAGCAGGAUAGUCAUUGCAACGUGACGCCCUUGUCCUUUCAGGUUCAGGCGCAGCUGCAGCUGGACAGCGCCGUGGCGCACGCGCACCACCACCUGCACCCGCACCUGGCCGCGCACGCGCCCUACAUGAUGUUCCCGGCGCCGCCCUUCGGACUGCCGCUCGCCACGCUGGCUGCAGACUCAGCAUCUGCCGCCUCCGUCGUGGCUGCCGCUGCUGCUGCCAAGACUACCAGCAAGAACUCCAGCAUCGCGGAUCUCAGACUGAAAGCCAAAAAGCACGCGGCCGCCCUGGGUCUGUGA